AUGCCAGAGCCAUCGCCCGCAUUCGCUCACAUUAUCUCCCAGACACGACAGAACAUCGAGUUGCUCAUCACUCACAACCAGAUUCCACAGGACGAUGGCCGGGACAUCUUGGCGAUCCUUUCUCGUGCUGAAUCUCCGUCCAACACGUCCAUAACAGCCCUGACACAGAAAGCAUCGCACCUGAGCCUAUCGUCCAGCAAGAACCAGGCAAAGGUCGAGGCUAGGACUUUGUGGGAUUGGACGAGCGAGGAUCCUAGCGAUCUGAAUUUCCAUGCUGGUGAGAUCAUAGAAAUCGUCAACGAGACAAAUGAAGAUUGGUGGACUGGUCGCAAUCGAGCUGGAAAGCAAGGGCUCUUCCCCGCUGCGUAUGUGGAGAAGCUCAGAUCAUUCAGCGAGAAAGCAUCUCCCCCGCCCUUCCCGGGCACGCCCAAGUCGGAUACAUCGUCUUCGAGAACCGGGCCGGUACAAAGAUAUACCGUUUCUCCUGUGCCGUCGCAGAAACACCCAGCGUCUCCUGGUCCGCCGUAUCUUCCACCUCCCGGGCCACCGCCAUCGCAUCCAUACGGCCCACCCCCAGGGCCACCACAGCAUUAUGGGCCACCACCUGGCCUGCCACAGCAUUAUGGGCCACCACCUGGCCUGCCACAGCAUUAUGGCCCAUUACCGGGACUGCCGCAUCAAUAUGGACCCCCUUACUAUCCUCCCACGGAGUCACUCCAGCCCACACCCCAACAACCAUCCAAGCAGGGAAGAUUUGGCAAUCUUGGCACGACCAUGGCACAAUCCGCUGCGGGAGGGCUUGGUUUCGGCGCUGGUGCGGCGAUUGGAAAUGACCUGAUAAAUUCCAUUUUUUAG